UUUUUUUUUGGCUUAUUGACUAAAAACCUCUAUAAGAUGUCCAUGCAGUAGCAAGUGUGAUAAUUAAAAAUGAGUGAAAAGAGAGUAGACAAAAGUGAAGCAAUGGAAAGCAUAGGAGGUGAAGGUAAGAGCAAAAGUACUGCUGACGAUGAAGAAAAAGAAUUGAUCCUUCCAGGUUUUCGAUUUCACCCUACGGACGAAGAACUUUUGGGAUUUUAUCUUAGACGCAAAGUGGAAAACAAAAGGAUCAAACUUGAUCUCAUCAAAGAGGUUGAUAUUUACAAAAAUGAUCCUUGGGAUCUUCCACUGGUGAGCAGAGUAGGGGAUAACAAGGAAUGGUACUUCUUCAGCAUGAGAGGGAGAAAAUAUAAAAAUAGUGCAAGACCAAAUAGAGUAACAGGAUCAGGUUUUUGGAAAGCAACAGGAAUUGACAAGCCUGUUUAUUCCACAACUACUACAUCAGAAAUUAGUGAGUGCAUAGGGCUGAAGAAAUCAUUAGUAUAUUACCGUGGAAGUGCUGGCAAAGGAACUAAAACCGAUUGGAUGAUGCAUGAGUUUCGUCUCCCGCCUAUUUGGAAGGCUACUUCAAACGGAGAGCUGCCCUAUCCCAAGAACAUUGCUCCCGAAGCUGAAGUUUGGACCCUGUGCAGAAUAUUCAAGAGGAUUUCCAAUUAUAAGAGAUUCACACCAGAUUGGAAGCAGCAGCAGCCCAUUGUUAAACAAAGUUUUGGUGCUACAAGUUCUAAGACAUGCAGUCUUCACUCUGAAAUCAGCGAUGAUCACUCCAACAAUGUCAUCAAUUUCAAAAAGAUGGCAUUUUCACAAAAGAACAUUAACAAUGCAUCAUCUGGAGGAAAUUUAAAUUAUCAAGUUGAUCAAAGAAACAGUUUUUACAAUAAUAGCCAACCAAUUACCAUGCCUCAAUCUUUAUUCACGUCAUCAAAUUCAAGCUUUUGGAACACAAGUGCUGCAGAUCAGGAGUAUUUGCUUAGUGAUGGAAACUGGGAUGAGCUCAAAUCAGUCGUUGAUUUAGCCAUUGAUCCUCGCAGUCUUUUUGGAUUUAAAUAAGAUAGAGGCACAGAUUGGGAAUCAGUGGCGAAUCCUUAAUUUAUAGUCAGCAGGUUCUGUUCUUAAUCUAUAUAUGCUAUUUCUUUCACACAUAUUUAUAGUCUGAGCUGGACUCAGCGGACUCUGAAUGAUCUGUUGGAUAGAGAAAGAGGAAGUACAUCUAUCUAUGAGAGAUGUACGGCUGGUUAUUACCAUUUGGCUGUUCAAAGAAUGUCUAGUUGGGAUUGAAGUUAACACAGAAUGCAGCGCAAGUAUGAUAUGCCUACCUAUUUUUUUAAUCUUCAUUUUAUUUCGCACCCCUAUUUCUCUUACUAGAUUUCUACAUUUUUUUUAUUAGGACUUCUAUACAUCUUGUAAAUUACUAAUUUCCUACAGUACUUGCAUGUCCUGAAUUUCACAGAGUACUUUUUGUUGUGGAUUACAGUGAAAGAUUGUUUUAUAAGGGAAAAAUGAGAUUAGCUUCUUAGCUAUCUUUGG